GCGGCGGGACGAGUUGCGCAGUGGGUGUGUCUUGACUCCCGUGACAGCAUCUGUCCCGAAGCGAACUUUCUUCGGAGUGUGAACCGCAUAGGCAAGAGGACCAAAGAGGCACUCGCAAUUCAACGCUGUCAAUUGUCUACGGUUAUUUGGACGGUUUCUCUUUGUGCCCUCUUUACUGAGUGCAAGACAUGAGUACUUGAACGCCUUUACUUGUCCGAUUUAUGCCCCUCCGUCAUCAUGCUUAGCCGUGCUAUGCUGCCUCUGACGAGGCCCAACAUCCUUGCUUCUACCACUCGUGUUUCAGCCCUGUCGGUCCCUCACUCGCGAUGGUACGCAAAGAACAAUAAGCCCAAGACACCAUACAAGGUCCCGGAUUCGGUCAAGCCCCCCAAGCCGGAGCAAUCAGAAAAUGCAUCGCAGGAGCAGUACUCGACGGAACAAGUGGAAUUCAACACCAAGGCCGACCCGCAGCAGAACACUGCUAACAGCACGUCAUCAGCUCCCGAAUCCGACCCCACCACUACCGAGAAGAGCGCACCUCGAAAGCCGCUUCCCGACCUCACACAGGGUAUCCCUUCGACCUUGGCGGCAGAGCUGGAAGGCCGCACUAAAGGACAAACACCAUUGAACUUGACCGAAGAUCCCACUCAUGCAGAGGAUGAGUACGACGACGGUGGCCGAGGCGACAUCCCCAAGGACGGCUACGUCUCGUCCACGGACCGUCGCAGGGCCCGCAUGGCGAGCCUGAUGUGGGCUCUAUUCGCGCUUGGAGCCAUUGGUGGUACUGCAUACUUGGGACGCAAUUGGGAGACCGAGGAGGAGGAGAGGGCUCACCCGGAGCAGCCGUCUGGCUGGGGCGUGGGCCUCUUGUACAACCGCAUCAAGGCCCGUAUGAACGACAUCACCAGCUACUACAAGGAUCCUCCGUUCCCUAAGCUGUUGCCGGAUGAGGAUCCUAACAUGCGUCAGCCGUACACCCUGGUGAUCAGUUUGGAAGACCUGAUGGUGCACAGUGAGUGGAGUCGGGAGCAUGGAUGGCGGGUUGCCAAGCGGCCUGGAAUUGACUACUUCCUCCGCUACCUGAACCAGUACUACGAGCUUGUGCUUUUCACCAGUGUGCCCAGCAUGAUGGCAGAUCAGGUGCUCCGGAAACUGGAUCCUUACCGUAUCAUUCGCUGGCCCUUGUUCCGGGAGGCCACCCGGUACAAGGACGGAGAGUACAUCAAGGACCUUUCGUAUUUGAACCGUGACCUGUCUAAGGUGAUCAUGAUCGACACCAAGGAAGAGCACGCCCGUUUGCAGCCUGAAAACGCCAUUAUACUCAACAAGUGGCAGGGUGACUCUAAGGACAAGAAGCUCGUUGCUUUGAUUCCUUUCCUUGAGUACAUCGCUGGUAUGGGCAUCGACGAUGUGCGCCAAGUCCUGAAGUCGUUCGAGGGUACCGACAUUCCCAUCGAGUUUGCCAAGCGUGAAAAGGCCAUGCGCGAACGCUUCCAGAAGGAAGUGGCCGAGGAGCAGAAGAAUAAGCCUCGUGUGAGUGUGGGUAGCUUGGCCACGGCCCUGGGACUUAAGUCCAACCGCACUCUGGAUGGCGAGCAGACCCCAUCCGAGGGACUGGCGCAGGGUAAGAUGCUCUGGGACCAGAUCCGCGAGCGGGGCCAGAAGAACUACGAGAUGAUCGACCGGGAGAUUCGCGAGAACGGUGAGAAGUGGCUGGCUGAGAUGGCAGCAGAGGAAGAAAAGUUCCGAGAGGAGCAGAUGAAGAGCAUGAAGGGGUCUUUCACCAGCAUGUUUGGUGCUGGUGGCGGUGAGGAGGAGAAAAAGCAGUAAUGGCCUUGAUGAUGAUGGUUGAUGGAUGGCAUUACGAAGAUAUGGAAGGGUAUGGCGCAUCAGAGCUGAACCUCUUUUUUGUUCUUUUUUCUAUUCGUUCAUGUACUUGUACCUGAGGGAUUGUUGUUCUGUGGGUUUCCUGUUAGGGGUUUUCAUGGCUCUGCGCGUCAAAAGUACUGGGAUUGUAUUUCUUUUGUUUUUGCAUGUAUAAAUUGGGCAAUAUUAAUCUGUGAUGUCACCUCUCUACUGCCUUACUUGGAGAAUUCUUUUAGAACGCGUUCUGCAUAUGAUAUCUGC